CUCUUUUUAUUCUUUUUUUUUUAUAUAUACAUAUUAUUUUCUUUCUUCAUUUAUUGAUUACUGUAUUGGAUGGAUGAUUCAUCAUUACCUGUAAAACGAAUACUUCGACCUUAUUUUCCUCCUGGCCAUGGGUCAUCCGAACCUCCUACUGAAAAAGUCAAAAUCAAGAAACAAAAACUAUUGUCUAGCUAUGGUUCCAUACAAGCACCUACUCCGAUACAACCUACACAACAACAAUUGUCUACAUUAUUAUCCACAUCAACAACAAAGGAAACUCCAAAUAAAUUCUUUGAUAUUUUCCAACCAGCAAAAGCUAAAUCAACAGCAAGCAAAACUACAGUAGAUCAAGAAGAAAAAGUCAAACCAGCAUCAGCACCACCCAAAUCAAUAGACAAUGAUGCAACUUCAUCUCCUUUUGCCAUUAUCCGGUCCAUGAAUAAGAUAAGAGUAUCCGAUCCUGCCAGUAUACCACCACCACGGAAAGCAUCAAUAUGGACACAACCUUCACGAUCGGCUCCACAACUUUUGCCACCCAUCAAGGCAACACCAAGCGAUGACGAGGAGGAAAAAGAUGACUAUACUUAUUUCCACCAACCUAUCAUGACAACACGAAAACAUCAGCUUAUGGUUCCAUGGCCUGACAAGACGGUGUUCAAGGGUGGACAUAUCAAACAAGCGACAACGCAUGAUGCUUAUCCACCAUCGUCAUUCAAUGUUAAAGUCAACAAACGAUCUUGUCCAUUACAACAUAUUGUACAAACUCAAGGUGAGACAUAUCUUUUAUCACUGAGGCAAAAACGAUUAGAACGACAACAACACGAAUCUAUGUUCUCCGACUUGCAUAUCUCUCAACUACAAGAAGAAGAAGAAGAAUAUCCAUGUGAUAUUGAAUCAAUGAUGGACACUUUAUACCCUCUUGAUCAAGGUGGAUGGCGAUAUCCUGCAUGUGAAGGAUUAUUGAAUCGAAAAGAGUUGGACACAUCUCUUCCUUGGUGUGAAAAAUAUCGACCUUGUCAAGUGGAACAUCUUUUAGACAAUCAAAGUCAUCAUCGCUAUUUACGAGAUUGGUUGGAACGACAAAAAGUGCCUUCAACAAAAACAGACGUUUCUUUUUUUGCUCCUCGAAAGAAAAAGGUGACACAACGUGAUAUGGAACAACAUUAUACGGAUACAAAUGAUGAAGAUGAUGAAGAUGAUGACUUUGUACCGACAAAAACAACAAAGAAGAAAAAGAAGAGGAAAUCAAAGAAAGAUUUGAAUAUGAUAUUAUUGGUUGGACCUCAUGGUGUGGGCAAAACAGCAGGUGUAUAUACAGCAGCUCAAGAAACUGGUUAUCAAGUAUUUGAAAUCUAUCCUGGUAUCAAGCGAUCUUAUAAAGAUGUGAUGCGUUUGGUUGGAGAUAUGACGAAAAAUCAUCUAGUCCGAUUCCACAGUCAUAAGGCGUUUCCACCAAAAAAGGACGAUGACGACAGUAAUAACAAUGAUAAUAAUGACGAGGAGGAGGAGGAGGACGAUGCGGAUAUGGAAAGAACUAGUUCGAAAACACCAAUAACAACAAGCAGACCUAAUCAAUUAUUGACGCAUUUCUUUACAUCCAAAAAGACCACAUCUUCACCAUUAUCUGAUACAACAGCAUCAUCAUCAACAACAACAUCACCAUCUACUACGAAUGAUUUAGUUGAAAUGGAUACAACUCAUGAUGAACAAAUGUCUUCUGAACCAAAACAAAGUUUGAUCUUGUUAGAAGAGGUGGAUUUGGUAUAUCAAAGUGAUAAAGGGUUCUGGACCGCAGUGGCAGAAUUGGCUCGAACAAGUAAACGACCUAUUAUUAUGACUUGCAAUGAUACAUUGGCUAUCCCAUUUGAUAUGUUACAACUUCAAGCUAUUGUGUAUUACGAAUCACCACUUGUUCAAAUGCUUUUACCAUUCUUACAUUUGAUAUGUUUAUUAGAAAGAUAUACGAUCUCAGUAGCGGAUUUGAUGGAUUAUAUUCGUAGCAUUGGACCUGAUAUACGCCAAUUAUUGACGACAUUAGAAUAUGCACAUUAUUAUCAUAUCAAUCGCUACAACGAUGACAAAAAAGAUAAACGGUUACACAAUCCUAUUGUUGAAGCUCAUGUGAAUUUAUUGAUGGAUCAAUUACAGCAAGAUGAGGAUAUUUUUAUGCUUCGAUAUAUAUCAGAUCAUAUUCCCGGAGCUCAGGUUACACCAUUAUGCAAUCAAUGGCUCCAAAGAAAUCGAAACAAAACGAUGAUUAUUUCCGAUGAUGAUGAUCCAUUGAAACUUCUUGAAACUUGGAUGAAUAAUCGAUCACUAAUUGAUUAUGGUAUUGGAAUGACGGAACAAAGACAAGAUCAGGUGUAUGGUAUUGACGAAUAUGAUAUGAAUGAUGAUCAACAAUGUGGAUAUUUACAUUUUCAAAAAAAGCCUGACGCAUGGGAUCAUUGGGAAAUGGAAGCCAAUUUGGAAAUGACUUUAUUAGAAUGGAAUCAACUUGAACAAGGCACUGGUUUAUUAGAUAUCAUGGGUUGGGAAAUCAUCUGUCAGCAAAGAAACAAACAAAAACAACAAGAUUUGGAGUAUGUAUCAUCUAUACUAAACUGUCGGUGGGUAACCAUAUUGGAUAUUCUUUUUGCAAAAACCAUUGAAACCAAUAGAAGACAUCAUGGUAGAUUGAAAAGAAGAAGGUUAAUUAGAUCUAGAAAUUAAAAUAUAUUUUGUAUAAUAAUAAAGCAUGAUCGUUUAGUUAUUUUGAACCAAAAGUAGGUAUAUACUCCGUUCUUCCCUCUUUUUUUCAUAUUGUUGUUAUUUUAUG